AUGAACCCGACAGAUUACUACGACGACGACGCGUACGCUCCGAGGUCACCUAAACUCCAGGCUGUCAUAGUGAAAUCAAAACCCUCACCGUCUCCGCCUCCAUUCAUCCCCAGGUCAGCGCGUAUACCGACCCCUGACCCCGUUAGUCUCCACUCUGCUCACACUGGAAAGCGUGCUAAGAAACGCAAGACCCAACCCAGUCAAGGGGACGCCGUCCUGGUUGGGUGCAUGGACCCUAAUCGGCCAGAUAUUGCCAGGCAAGCCGCCGUACAACCAUUGAACUCCGGCUCGGACUUGGACGAAGAUUCUGCCGAGGAUAUGGAUACCGUUGACGGUGGUCCAGUCGCGAUGCAGAGAGCUAGCCAUGCAAACAGUAUAUCCACUAAUUCAACAAGCAUAGCCCAGGUUGUUGCUGAGGCAGCUUGCAAAGCUAUGGAGAACAUGGACGGAGGUGAUACUGUUCUCCUUUCAGCGAGGCCUCCGCUCGAUGGAGAAGCCAAGCAAGUUCGAGAAGACAGACCUCCAGACGACAAGGGGAAUUCGGACGUUGUCAUGGAUGGCUCAACGGAUCCUCCUCAGCUAGACGGCAUUACGGGAAUGGCAGCUGUGCAUCGACCCAAAGAACGCGCCAACUCGCUCUCCCAGAGAAACAACGACAAGGCAAAUCGCACGAUAAAGCCCCGGACAAACUCAUUUCCGAGGAGUUAUCCUGUUGAAGAUACACUCGCCACAUCGCCAAACCUUGGCGGAUUCACCAUACCUCGAUCGAAAGGCUCUCCUGGACAGACUUUACGACCGCUUCAAAGUCCACUCUCAUCUCCGCGAGACGGGCAAUCACUGCCACCCUUUAGCGAGCUUGUCGCCGAUGCUGCUGGAGGUCGAGCGCCUAGCUUCCCGCACAGACAAUCAACCUCCUCCAGCGUAGGUUCCCCGAUCCUCAACAGCCGACCGUUCCCGAACGGCAACCAGCACUCGCCUCCUCGACUACCAUCAAUAAGCCAGACGUCGCCAACAAGCGACGGUUCGUCUCAGCUCUCACCGUCCGCGACCUUGCAGCCAAAUCCGUAUAUGUACGACCGACGGCCGUCGACCACUUCGCCGGACGGCUUACCGUAUCUUACUCCGUCCACCGAAGGCUUCAGUCCCGGGUCCAAGCAUCCUAGGAUGAGCCUGGAGGCGGGCCGGCCGCUGCUACCACCUCCGCAGCCCUCGAACCAUCCGCACAUCUCGCACGUACCGCCGCAUGGCCUUGGCGGCUUUAAGUGCACGCAUUCAGGGUGCACGGCUCCACCGUUCGCUACACAGUAUCUCCUCAACAACUGCCCCCGCGCGGAAGGCGGCAAAGGCUUCAAGCGGAAGAACGAGAUGAUCAGACACGGCCUCGUGCACGAGUCGCCGGGGUACGUGUGUCCGUUCUGCCCGGAUCGGGAGCACAAGUAUCCGAGACCGGAUAAUUUGCAACGACACGUCCGCGUCCACCACGUCGACAAGGACAAGGACGAUCCAGCGCUGCGAGACGUCUUGGCGCAGCGAGCGGAGGGCGGCACAAGGGGGAGGCGCAGGCGGGUCGGCACAUAA